CGAAUUCGUAAAUCCAUGCUCAAUUGCUGCUAAACACCCACAAUCCUCUUUUCGAAAUAACAAUGCGCACGCUCCAGAGGGAUGAAGGCGUUCCGCUAUUCUCAUACUGUCACACUGUCAUCCAAUCUAUCUGUCACUCUGUCUAGGACAUUUCUCUCCCAAUAUACUCGUAGUUCCAGGUCUUCCAUUCUAUAAACUAAAAAUCCACCCUACGGUGCAUAGUAGUGUACAGUGCUCCAGAUACAAUAAACCUUUACUCAUACAUACUUGGAUUACGUCUACCUAGCACGUGUUGGUGGGGACCACCGCGAAACUACCAUGUACACACUCUAGAGCAUCCCUACCCCCAAUACUAGCUUCUUCCCUCUUACACCUACCACACGCCGCUGCCGGCUGCCGGCUGGCAACUUCAUUCACGUUUUCGUCGAUCGGCAUUCACUCGCGAGCCUCAACACCGUGAGGUCUAUCUUUCAUCGCAGGUGGAUUGUGCAUCAGUGUAACAUCAACACCAAUAGGUAGAUAGCUAUCUUAUCUUAUCUGCCUAUUAACAUAAUUAUUUAAUUAAUCAUUUUUACACAAUCCAUGUGUGUUGUUAAAAAAUUAAAAUUAUAAAAAUAACAAAAUAAUUCGACUGUCAACGGAGUAAUUUUCCAAGACAGCGGCAAUUACCCAGUGAAAGACAGUAGAACAAUUAAGUGACUUAUAAAAAACGGUACUUAUUUACUUAACUAUCGUCUUCUCAUAAUAUAAUUCAGAAGAUAUAUUAACCACACAACGUUGUACUGUGGAAAGUUCUACACGCUCCGUUUCACGUCGUAGGCUUAUAGUUACGCCCGUGUCCUCUUCCUUACAAUUAAUUCUUUGGAUGUUUUUUUUUUACAUUUUAUAAAAAAUUAAAUUAUUUAUUAUUCAACAUUCUCAUAUCAGACAUAUCAAUUUUAAUGCAGCCAAGGAGUAGAAAUAACUCGCGAGUUUUCCGCGACGUCUAGACGUUUGCCGGCUACUUAAACUUGUUAGACGGGCAGUUAUAGUUAAUAAAAUAAAUCCUCAUUUUACAGUACUGUGGGUUAAUAAGGAAUGCAGUUACAUUAUUUAUCCAACGAGUGGCUUUAACAUUUAACAUAAUUGUGUUUUUGCGGUUAAAUUUAAGUGCUGAGUGUUAUUAGAAUUGUUAGAUUGUUAUUGUUGUAAGACAAUAGAAUUCAACAUGCUACUUGUUUUACUACUCUUCAACUUUGUCUUCUCUGCGCAGAGUUCAGUAAUAGUUUCCGAUGUCUCAGAAAAUCCAUCAGCCGUCGUUACACUGCCGAGUUACGACCCGCAAUUUAUGGCGCACUGUUACUUCCCCGCAGAAUUUCAAGGAGAUUUUCUGAUGCAAGUAAAUGGGCCAGGUGGCAAAGGAUCCGCGAAUUCCGUCGAACCGAUCCAGUACUCGGCUCUGAAUAUCACUUUCGACUCCAUACCUGUCUGGGGGUACUGUCAUAAACGAGUCGGAGAAAAUGUUUUGCUGGUUGACACGACUGCAGAAGGGCAAUGCAUCAGGUGUUUCCGGUUGAAGCGAAGAUCCCGCAAUAUCAUUGAAGUCUUCUCAGAAGACCUCAACAGGUGCUACACAUACGAGGACAUCGCAAUAGCUUCUUGCGACAAACUCACCUCCAGAUCCAUCCUCUACCGUACAAAAGAAAUCGGAGGACUACCAAUUCGAAACGAAUUUUGCCCAAUAGCGGGAAAAUAUUUCUUUAAAUACAACGUUAACGAUGGGACGGAAGAUACCACCGAAUGCAACACAUUCUCAUCGACGCUGGACAACUGCCCAGACGGCUCGGUAUUCAGGUUGCAAUUUAAAAAAUGUGCCUUCGAAAAUCACGGGACUAAUUUAAUUGUCGAAAAUCGUACCACUGAAGUCGAUAGAAAUAUUACAUUCAAUUGCUUGGGAAGUUGGCCAGCUGGACCUGAUUAUAGUAAUAACACACGAUUUAUUGCACUUCUUGACACCCGUGACGGCGAUGAUUUUAGGCCCCGAUAUCGUUGUGGGCUGUAUCAUUCGGACUCAUCAACCAGCAGAAUAUACAUGGCAUUCAGUAGUGACUCUAGCUGUACCCAAAAUCUUCAUAAUUCAACAAGCGGCUAUGAAACUUUAAUCCUCACACGAGCCCUUAAUUUACAAAAAAUGCCAGAUUACGUCUCAUCUCAUUUAGCAUCGUAUCCAAAGUGGGUACACGGCGACUGGGAAGAGUCGGUUAUCUCCAAAAGCACGAUGUCCUUCAACGAUCUGAAUGGUUACCGUAGCUAUACAUUCGUCACUGUUGACUCCGAUGACGACACUGAUCGCUACAUAGUCUACUCAAAAGAUCACUGUGAAAAUCAGGCCUACGUUUGUAUGAUGAUGAGACAGAGGAGUGAAAAUGUUAUGGAAUUCAAGAUCGGAACUAUUUCAAGUCCCGUGUAUGCAAAAUCAUUGUGUGAAGAUCCUACUUUAGAUAGGUAUGAUAGUACUAGUCCAUGGAUGACCCAAGCUCGAUUGGAGCGAAUUGUUGAAUCUCCGUGCCCUAUCACGGGUCAUUAUAUAGGCAGAAUACCAGAUUUACCUGGCACGUGCGCCGAAUUGAGUAGUAACUGCAAUACUAAAGAAAUUAUGUACUACAAAGUUACCGACUGUGAAUCUGGAGAGUUAUAUGAAGAGCGCACAUAUUUAUGCCUCGGACAAUGGGAAGAAAGAGGAGUAAUGUAUACAUACACAAAACGUAAUGAUACAACGAACGACGCUUAUGCUCCUACUGAAUGUUUCGUCGGUUUAAUCGUUAACGACGACGAGAUUUAUAUCAAAGAAGCCGGCGAUCAUUGUCUUCGUAAUAUAGAUCCCCGAACAGAAGGAAUGCGGCUCUACAGAAAAGGACAAUGCUACGGUAACUCGCCUAGCCCCGCGCCAACGCCAUUGAAGCCAAAUCCGCAUGACCCAAUAAUGCGAAUAACGACACAUUCCAUGCCGGGUAAUGCUUUGGCACCCACCAAGAAAACACCAAAACUUAUUUCAGCUUCGGCAUCAUUGACUCAACACUCUUUAAACAUUUUUAUCUAUAUUACAAUUUACAUUUUUUAUUUUGAGUUUACGCACAACUAACAGAUUUAUUAUAUUUUUUAGAUUCAUAUAAAUAUAAUGAAUAAGUCUGUAAAUUAUACGUGAUGUAGA